GCUUGAUUCUUGCCGCAACCCUGCCAAUCCUCCCACUAUUUCAUAUCAAUUUUUUUUGGGAAUCGAACACUCUUGGUAGGCUACCUUCCAUCAAGCCAAGAUCAAACUCCAUCAUAGCACCGUCCGAACUACUCGCCCCUCUCUAAAAAUCCCUUCGUCGUCGCGAAUCCAUCGCUUCCGGUCAUAACUCGGCCAUCCAUCCAAUUUCUCAAGUAAACCUACCCACUCUUCAUCUUGAUCAUGAGUGAAAUCUGCAAGCUUUGCUAAUUCAACGACGCCCAUGGAACAGGUAGAAACUUCACCACCGAACACUCCUGCCGACACUUCACCAGGGCCACAGCCUGAGACAAGUUCCUCUUCACCAGAAUAUUCAAUCCAACCCUUUGUAACCAUGCCCGAAAAAGAUUCCACCAACCUAGAUACUUCACUUCCCUCCCAGCCUCCCAGCAACUCAUCACCUCAAAAUUCUUCCAACGCUGAAAAUUUGACAGGGCCUGUUAUUCAACCUGAACCGUCCAAUCCAUUUCCUGUAAACCAUCCAACAAGCCGUGAUGCGUCUACCUCGGGCCCAGCAACCGUCAUGUUUCCACCCUCAUCCAUGCAAGCCAAUACCACAGUUCCUGCUCAAUCGUCUUCCCCUUCAGAUCCCCCGACAAACUCGCAUCCAGAUGAGCCCCACAACAUCUCAGUCACAGUUCAGGCUGUUCCAGGACAGGCCUCCAAGAACUCGCCCGAGUCGGUCGUCCCGGCCCCAUCCCGUGGAGCAGUCAUAGCCCUUGGAGUGCUCACCGCUUUCUUCGUUACAUUGAUUGUUGUCCUGCUGCUGUGGCGGAGGCGGCAGGAGAGGCGGAAAAAGCCGAGUGAUCUCCCGUCUGAGAUGCAGGACAACGAGAAAGGAGAUAGCGCCCCUCCAUCAAGAAGCACCUCAUCGAGCCACCGGCCACUGACAACCGUGCCGCCGCCGAAGGCACACGCUAAAGCGGGCCCUGGGAUCCCGAAUCCGUUCGGCCGGCGGGGGAUCACCCGUCCAAGUCGGCCGGCUUCUCUGCCGCUGGACUCGAGAAUCGCCAAGGCUGAGCGGAUGCAGAAGGCACAGUCACAAGAGGUGAAGGCUCAAGCACGGCCGAGCUCGUGGCGCUCGUCAAUUGCGGGUGUUUGGGAGAGUCUGGGCUUGCCAAGUCGGGUGCUGCAUGACCCCAACUCACACUUCUGGUCUGAUAGCGUCUCGGUAACCUCGGAGGACUCCACCCGUAACCUGGUCAGCCGCCCAUCUGCCAUCCCUGAGGAAAUGAGCAUGCGGGCAGAGACAGAUGCACCUACGCCGAACUCAGACAUCCAAUCAACCCGCUCACACUCGCCUGCCCCCUCUAGAAAAACCACCGGGAGCGUCAACACUAAUGCCCACAACCUUCAAUCCUCAUCCUCAAGCCAGCCUUCCGAGCGGCAAGACUCCGGCAGCUUGGUUGUCUCCGGUCAAGACACCCAAUCAAUCUCGCGCUCCAACGACUCGCUCGACUCCCACACAACCUGCAGUGACCAUUCUUGCAAAUCUCCUACGGAGUCGAGCCCCGUCAAGGACAAACCAAAACUCACCGUGGAUGCGGUCGAGAACACUUCAGUCAAACAAAACCUCUCGCACUCCCCCAUCGGCUCGGGCUCGCUCGACUCCCACACAAUUUCCAGUGACCGUUCCUGCAAAUCUCCUGAUCACUCAAGCCCCGUCAAGAACAACGAAAAAUUCCCCGUGAUCGCACUCGAAAACACUCAAGUCACCCAAACUAUCCCCAUCUAACCAACUCAAAAAUUCGCUUGCAAAUCAACCUGAUUGGCAGCCUCAAACCUAAUAAUCCGCCCAAUAACGCUCCGCUCCGUGCCGUUUGUCGAGAAACUCGUCAUCUGAAUCUUUAUUAAUUACCUAAUAAUAUUAAUCAUCACCAUAAUAGAAUUAAUUUAUUAUCUGGAGCAUUGCUCUUUCUCAAAAAAUGUCCAACUAUAUGCAAUGCAUAAUGUGUGGGCACCCCCACAUGUACAUUCCUUAACACAACAGCAUCACUUUAUUUUUCUGGUUUGAAUUCGUAUUGCUUCUUUGAUUUUGUUUUAGGAAAAUUAUUCUCAAGACCCGCUCUCUGUUCCCCAUGUUACGGAUCUGUAGCCCACCGAAAGGGAUGCGCACAAUUUCUACGUGUUCCUCUCUUUUGACCGUA